AUGAUAAUUGACAUUAAGAAAGGCACUACGUGUGUUUUAGCAGAGGCAGUUCUCAGUAUUGUCUAUGCCAGGCUAUUUCUUUCAUUUCAACAAUGUAGCUGCUACUAGUAGCUCUGUGUGUCUUCCCCCUAAAGGUGAACCACCCCUUAAAAUAAUCCUGUCAAGCCAGUCAGUUUGCCUUAGAAAUCUGAGACGCUGAAGAAACUGCUUGAGAAACCCAAUAGCCUACAGACGUCUUAACUGGAUUUACUCACGCGCGCCCUCUGCUGGCUUCUAUUAGCACUGCGCGGACACUUGUGGUGACACAGCAGCAUCGAGAGAACAAAACAGAAAGACAACGAAAGAAGUUUGCUGAGAAGGUGGCGAGACGUGUGACCAUGUCUGUGCGCGUCUUUUCCUCCUUUCUAUGGAAUAUCUGGACUAAGAUUGUGCAAAUGUGCUCCGCAUUAGUGGCUGCUUUUGGUGACUGGGCCUGGGAAGACGAAGGGAAGGGGCAGCCAGUGGAAGAAGAGAAGAAGCAAGUUACACGGCAGCAGACAGCUCAGAAACAUGAAGACACAGUAGAUGUCGGUAUUGGGGACAACUUCAGGAAAGCAUUGGAAACAGUUUCAGAGACUAUCUACUCUUUGUACAUCUCUCCAUGGUAUAACGCCCCAGAAGAAAUGAAGGACCAACUGCUUUACAAGGAAUUAAGCAAUGCAAUACAAAAUACAUAUGUUAAAGCACAAAAGAAAACACAUCAUAUUGAAGGCUAUGAAAUAAUAAUAACCAUAGCAAAUAUUCUCACUGAUCAUUUAAAGAGCUUCAGGAAGCUGAGAAGGAAUUGCAGAGAGAUGAUGCGCAAGGAAGAGCUUGAUAUCAUAAGACACCAUACAAACGCUCUGCUGUGCUGUUUGUUACCAGACUCGCUCACAGAGUCCAAGCAUGUCAUGGUUUUCUUAAAUGAAAUUCUAGCUGUAAAUGUCUUAGAACCAACCAUAAAUACAAUGGCAGAUCCCAAUUUUAUUAAUCAGCAGAUAAUCACCUCUUUGGAAUCUGCAGAAAAUGGCACAGAUGGUCACUGCGAUGAAACCCCUGAACAUCUCAAAAGAGCAAGUGCAACAUCUAACACACUGGAAUGUCAGCAACUGCAAUAUAGUCAACAAAAUGGGAUCAAAAAGACAAAGCUCAAUAAAGUGAAAGGUGCUUUUAAAAGACUUUUUAAAAAGUCACCAAGAUCAUUUGGGAAUGACACGUGCAGUAUGUAUAAAUCAUGGAACACUGAACAACAAGAUCCCAGGACAUCAGUGGAAUGCUUCGACACAAUUGAUGGCCCACUUUGUAUAGAGGAGUCUGAUAACUUGUUCAGUAAGUGGAAAAAGGAAGACUGGAUAGCAAGAAUCUCAUUGGUGAGAGAUGGUAUAUAUCACAUCUGUGUAUUACAACGCGAUUAUAUGCAAACAGAAGCCUGGAACGUCAAAAGAAGCACUGAAGACUUUAUUCAAGUUCAUUCCAUUUUGAGCCAGAGGCAUCCCAGGGAAGUACCAGCGUCAUCCAUUUCCGAAGAGUCUUGGAAAUCAAACAAGCAGUUUGUUGCAGACUUUGUUGAUAAACUGGUAAAAUUAACCAAAGAAAAUAAUGACAGCAAGGCAGCUUUCUUUUUGUCACCUUUUAAAUAUACAGAAGAAGAUGAAAACUUAUUUCAUGCCAUUUUUAUUGACAAGGUGGCCACAGAAGAGGAACUACAAGACAGUUCCCUUUCCCACUCAUCAAUAGAAAGCUUGGAUGAUGAUUCUUCUGAGACAGAUGGCAGCAGUUUCAAAAUGCUGACACUCCGGAAGAGGAAUAAAGAUAAAAAAUCAUCUGUCAUGAACAAUGAAGAAAAAAAUGAGGGUUCUGAAUGCAGCAGUGAAGUGAUGCUCACAUACAUUAAAGAAGCAUCAAAAAGUACAGGACCAGUAAAAUGGAAAAGCUACAGCUCAAGUAGACCAGGACAACAAGAUGAACAAGUGAGAGCAGGCAAUUUAGCAGCUGAAAGAAAGAAAAGUUUACGGAAAGAACUCUUUACCUGUCUGUGUCGUUUGGCAGAUGAAAUGCUAGCAGGUGGACAUCACUUAUUUACAUGUCUAAAUUCAUGUGGGACUUUGAAAACCUAUGAAGAAACAGCAUGCCAGCUUGUAACCUGGUUGUUUGAAGAGGAGCAGAUGGUGGGGUACCUAAAUAAACUCAGUGAUAUGAUGAAGAAUUCCGAAGACAUGCCACAACAACAGAUACAACUAGCAGAUAUCAUUCAAAAGCAAGCUUUGGAACAAAUUAAGGAAAAGCUGAUGAGUUUCACGUACGACAGCCGCAUUUAUAGGUUUUUUGUGCAACAUUCUGAUAAAUACAUACAGAUGCCUCUAGACGCACUUCAGGAUCCCAUUGCAAAUAAAUAUGCUCUUUUUAGGCUGCUGAAAGAGCUUACAGAAUAUAUUACAGAGGAACCUAAAGACCCUGCAUAACAACAAAAUAAUGGUUAAAAGACACAAAAAAACUUCCACUCACAGGCUUCUGUCAAAAGGCAGUUUAUACAAAUCCUUAUAGUAGUUGUGUCUACAUUCUAUCAAAAGGUCUGAAAGCUAAUAAAGACUAAUAUUUGGUAGUAGUGCUAUUGUACUGCACUCAUACACAUUUUUCUUGGUAAUCAAUAUAUUGUCUUUUAUACCAUUUAGAUACUGUAAAUAAAUCCUAUAUUAGUGUCUCUACUAAUAUUUUGAAAACUAUUAAUGUAUUUUGAAAAAAAUAAUAUUACUUGAAAUAGUGCUCAGAAAAGAUCAGUUGUUUUGAGGGCUUGCGCUUGCUUCUUUUAUGUGUUACAAAUCUAAUGUAUGUCUCAUUCAUCCUUGCAAUAUUAGUAUUACCCAUAGACUUAUUUAUCCUGGGCCAUUUGGAAAUAUAACAUAUAUAAAAUAUUUUACAGAACCCUCAGAAUUAGUGGUAUUGGAGCAACUGCAAACAACAGGUGCCUAACAUAUUUUCACUGCCCUGUGAUCAGCAAUUUACACAGUGGCAAAUGGUCUGCUGCCUCUAAAGAAACAUGAAACUCCCCCUCUCCAACUGCUCUCUCCCUCUGGCGUGAAGCGGGUGUGGGCAGGGAUGAAAGUGGGCAGGCAGGAGGGCAAUUGGGGAUUGCACUAGGAACUUUCUGAAGAUUAUGGUGCCGCACUGGAAGAACUGUACCCCGGCCCAGUGCAAUAUUUUUAAGGUUAGCGAUUGUAAUAACAGGAGUGCCUAACAUAACAGUACCCCUCAGUGAUUCACACUUUCCUUGUCCCAAAUUAAAGUAAAAUAUUACAUUGUAUAAAUGUACAUUGGUAUCUAGCAUUGCCUAGAGGCACACAAAAUAUAUUAUUCACAGGGUUUCAUCAACCCUAAGGACAACCCUGACAAGAGUCUCCAGAGUUUAUCUAUUUUAUUCUGUUUAAAUGCCUUAGAAACCAUUUUUAACAUACCAUCAGGUGCAUACAUUACAAUAGCACACCUCACCAACAAGUCUCAUCUGAUCCAUGGUGUGGCCAGGUUCAUAGGUAAUCAUAAGGACAAAAGAGUACUGCCAUCUUGUUGCCUACUCCCUAAUUGCACCUUCGUAUAACAGUUGUAUCUUAAAAAACGUUUAUGUGCCAAACAUAUGGUCAUUAUAUCAAACAUAUAAAUCAGAGUAAUAUAUUGGUAGUUAUCUCCUACUGCAAUAGCAUUGGAACAAUAUUCGCUCCAUGAAUCUAAGAAAUCACAUUAGUCAGUCUGAAAUGUAUCUGGAAAAAAGAGGCAUUAUGUUAUAAGAAACAUUUAUAAGACAUUGCUUCAUUCAUACCUUGUGGUUCAACUGUAUCCAUUUUAUGUAUCCUCCAUGCCUCUCUUUGUAGGAGAAGGCGAUUCCUGUCCCCAACUUUCUGUGGGACACAUACCUCCUUCAAAACCAACUUAAUGUGGCUGAACUGUGUUUGUAUAAAUAAAAAUGUUUCCCAA